AUGGCAUCGACAACAGACACCUUCACAUCGCUUGACGCCAUCCGAAACGAUGAGACCCUCACGCUCACGCUCACACCCAUACCCACCAAUGAGCCCGCCGCGGCUCCAUCGACUGCCGCGGCAAGCAGCGAAGUCCCUCGCAACUUCGAGCGCCCGGGGAGUGGCAAACUUAGCGCUUUCUGCAUUAUCGCGUAG